GCCAGGACACGACCAUCACGGAAAUGAGCUAGCUGGCGCCCUCUCCCUCUCUUAUGUCGCCACAACUCACUCCCUUCUCCACUCGCCAUCGCCCCCCACCCCGCUAACGACCCUUACCACCAUCCCCGACGCCCCACAUCAUGACCCGCGGCCGCAGAAAAGACAUGACCAUCCCGCCCUCUCGCGCACUCCUCCAGCAGCGCGACUACCGCGCCCGCAAGGCCCGCUAUGUUGCUGAUCUCGAGGAGCGCGUCCGUGUCGCCGAGGAGGAGAACGUCCGUCUCAAGGACGAGGUUAACCUCCUCACUGCCCGCCUCCAGGCCAUCGGGCCUCCCAUCGUGCACAGAGCCAGCCCCAGCCCUGAAGUGGCCGCAGCAACGUCCGAGCUCAUGCACAACCUCUCCGCCGCGUCGUCCUCGCUCGCGCACUUCCAGCGCGUCGCCUUCAACCGCCUAUCCGACCCAUCGGGCAGUUCCCUCCAGCUACCACCUAUCCAUACACAUACCCCUAGCUCUCUCGCAACGCCCGCCUUCACGCCGUCGCCCCUAUCUCAGUCGCACCGCCGCCUCCCGUCCCCCCACCCGCAAGCUCGCAUCGAGCUCCCACCAUUACAUUCCCUCCACCGUGAUCUCUUUAGGAACGACCCCACACCCGGCCAGGUGCCGUAUCACGAACAGCCCACGCCCAUCUCGGCGUCAUCAUCAGGGUCAGGGGCAGCGGUGGGAAUGGGAAUCCCAGCUGGGACAGCACCAGCAUAUCAGCAGCGCCAUUCACCACACAUGCAGUCACCUCAUAUGCAGGCGCCCAUGAUGCCCCCGGCGCGCCCGAUGCAGGUCGACCCCCGCCCGUCGACGCCAAUUGGGUCCAGCUCAGCCGGGCCAGGCUCGAGUGGGUACUCAGAAGAGCAAUGUUGCGGGGGCUUUCUGGACUGCCGCGGGCUAGCGGAGGAAGAGGAAGACCAGCUCGUGGACGACGCUGAGGAGAGCGGCUCGCACGGCACGUCCUCGCGGAUGUCGGAGAUGCGCUCGACGUCAUUUUCAGGAUCGGAGGCGAGCCAGCGUAGCACCUCGUCGUCAACGCCGAUAUCGGGGCCGUCACGCAUUCACAGGAUAUCUCGCUCCCAUUGACGAACGGACCAACGCCGGAUGAUCCCUGUUUCAAGAGACAGACAGACGCACAGACACGGAUACAGACAGUCUACGACCAAGAAGAACCUCAGCGGCAAGCCCAUAUCGUUCCGCGCUCGCCCUGAUGCUUUGCAUUCCCAUCUCCAUUCAUGCGCUAUAUGUUAUCUCUUACUUUGCACGCACCACUGCUUUAGUAUCUUUAUACUGCCAUACCACCGCUGCUGUGCUGCUGCCGCUAUGAUUUGCUAUGUUGUAUCAACGUUAGUGUAAUGUGUCGAUGCUUUGUACUGUACACUAAUUGCUAAUUUGUCUCGUAUCUUGUUACACCAUAGCCACUGCUCAGAGCGAACUCAGACCUAGUGACGAUUGAUGACGAAUACUCUUUCUCCAUUUGGACCAUUAGGCAUGUUUCAGG